UAAUCUAAUUCACUUCACCAACAAGACACAAUCUAUACAAUGGAAUAAGCAUUAAAUAAAGUACAGGUUGUAGACAAAAGUUAUUAUCGAAGGACGAAUGGAUCCCUAUUUCAACCAAUAGAAAGGAAAGAACAUUCGCGUUUAGCCAAUGACGGAACAGUUUAUUGAGAGGCUUGACGCAUCGGCGAUGAGAAAACGGUCAAAGUGCCUCUAAUAAUGGGAAAAUAAUUUGUUUUGUUGUUUGUAUACGAUGACAAAAUAGUCAUACCCGUUCAACCAUCCCAGGAAGUUUAAUCGCUGUGAAGCUCUGAAAGCUGUAAACAUGAAGAGGAAACUAAAUGCAUCCCAGCUGUCGAAAGUAAAGGAUGUCAGUAGCACAAAAACGCAGGAGACUAUGACAUCUGCGGGACUGGAGGAGUGUGAUGCUGACCAGACCAUAAAAGACUCUUCACAAGAGAUAAGACAUCUGAAAAUAUCACAAAGUGAUAACUGCUUCUUUAAGUUCCUAAAUGAAGACCGUCAGAAGCUGCCAUCCUUCUGUGACAUAACCAUCACGGUCUGUGGAAAAACGUAUCGUGCCCACAAGGUGGUUUUGGCUUUUGGCAGUAACUAUUUCCAUGCCAGAUUUACAGAAAAUCCUGACAUACACCAUGUUACCAUUGAUAACAUUAAUGGCUGGACCUUUAGACACUUGCUUAACUUCCUAUACACUUCUGAAUUUAAAGUUUUGCAAAACCAGAUCCCUGCUUUGGGUGAUGCUGCCUGCUUUCUGGAUAUGAUGGAAGCCGUGAAUCUUUUAACAAAGUGGGCGGCACCAGCUCAUGCUCGUGAAGAAAGCGAUGCUCAGCAGGUUGCUCAGAAGACCACAGAUGUUCAGGAUGUUGAUAGUUCAGCUGGUGCGCAGUGCUCAUUUUGCAGUCGCUCUUUCUGCUACAGAAAGUCUCUGGAGAAUCACCUGGCCAAGAGACAUAGUGCUGGCUGCCACGGUGAGGAAGAACAAACUACAGUCAACAUAUCGGUGGUCACUACCCGAAGAUCAGCUCGUCAGAGGAGGACACCAGCUAAAUUUGAGAUCCAGGAAAACGAAAAUUGCAACAAAACAAGAAAAGCGAAAACACAGAAGGAUGAUGCAGCCAGUUUUGAGGAGGAAGAUGAUGAUGAUGAUGAAAGUGAGGAAGAGCAACAAAAUGAGCAAGGCGAACAAAAUAGUAAGGAAGGAAGAGAAGCGUUGCAUGUUGAGGAGGCGGAAUGUGAAGAUGCAACUGAAAAGCAACCGGAGGAUGUGACUGAACAUUGUACGGCUGUGAGCCAAGUUGAGGCCCAGAAGGAGCCAGAACCAGAAACCAACCAUCUUGUUGCAAAACCCAGUCAAGUGACAGAAACCUCCAGUCACGUCUUUCCAGACGGACUGGCUCCCAUUAUGAUCCAGAGCACUAAUAAAAAGACUCUAAAGUGUCCUAAAUGUGACAAGACCUUCGAUCGCAUAGGUAAAUAUGAGAGUCACACCAGAGUACACACUGGAGAAAAACCUUUCCAAUGUGACAUCUGUCUUCAGUGCUACUCCACCAAAUCAAACCUCACUGUGCACAAGAAGAAACACGAGAGUGACGUGCCCAUCCAGAAAAAAGACCACCAAUGUCCCUUCUGCAACAAGCUUCACGCCAGCAGGAAGACUCUUGGCAGACAUGUAAAGAGAUUUCAUCCUGACCAUCUUCAAGAGUUUCUCACUCAAAAGAAGAAGAAAAGUGAUGGCUGGAAAUGUGAUGUCUGUCACAAGUCCUUCACUCGUCGCCCCCAUCUGGAGGAGCACAUGAUCUUACAUUCACAGGACAAGCCUUUCAAAUGCGCUUACUGUGACGAAUACUUCAAGUCACGGUUUGCACGCCUGAAACAUCAAGAAAAGAUUCAUUUGGGCCCCUUCCCUUGUGACAUCUGUGGUCGACAGUUUAAUGACAGGGGCAACCGUAAACGCCACAUUGAGUGUACUCAUGGGGGCAAGAGGAAGUGGACCUGUUAUCUGUGUGGCAAAUCAGUUCGAGAGAGGACAACCCUUAGGGAGCAUCUGAGGAUCCACAAUGGAGAGAAACCUCACCUGUGCAGCAUCUGUGGACAAAGCUUUCGCCAUGGGAGCUCCUACAGGUUACAUCUUCGAGUUCAUCAUGACGACAAGCGCUAUGAAUGUGAUGAAUGUGGCAAAACUUUCAUUCGACAUGAUCAUCUAAAGAAACAUAAAAAAAUUCACACAGGGGAGAGAGCCCAUCAAUGUGAGGAAUGUGGAAAAUGCUUCCGCCGUGCUGACCACCUGACGGUCCAUUAUAAAAGUAUUCACCUGGGAGAAAAGAUCUGGAGAAGGUACAAAGCAGUAGUGCAUCAGUGUCAGGUGUGCAAGAAAGAGUUCAGGGGCAAGACCAACCUCAUGUCACAUUCUAGAACGCAUUCAGGUGAGAAACCCCAUCGCUGUGUGAUCUGUAAUCAGACCUUUCGCAUUAAGAAGACUUUGACCAAACACAUGGUCAUCCACUCAGACGUGCGUCCCUUUAGCUGCCCACACUGCAGUGCAACCUUCAAGCGCAAGGACAAGCUCAAGUACCACGUAGACCACGUUCACAGCACCCGUUUACUAGACCAGCAGCAGCCGAAUCUGCCUACAGCCCCUCCCAGCAAGCUGGCCGAGCCCCUGCCGCCAAACGAAACACCCAAAGCAUACCACAACACACCUAAGACUGUGCUGCAGAGUGUCUCGGCUGAUGUAUGUGUUCCUGUAACGCUUGUUCCUGUCCAGAUGACUGAUGAGGCUGAUCUUGCAGUACACGGGGUACCACAUGGUGUCCUUCCAGCUGUGAGCCAACAACAGCAGACUGGAUACCAAUCAACCACAGAUUUGGUUUUCUUAGAAAAGUACACGCUGACACCUCAGCCGACUAAUAUAGUGCAUCCCGUACGCCCGGACCAGAUGCUGGACCCACGAGAGCAGUCGUACUUGGGCACCCUACUGGGACUGGACUCGUCUACAUCUGUGCAAAACAUGACUAGUGCUGAACACACUCAUUGAUGUGUUUUGUUGAUUUGCACAGCCUCUGGGAUUUUUUUUUGUUUUAGUGUCUAUUCUUGAUAUUUUCAAUUCAUUUCUCCUACAGUGUUUGUUCUGCAUUUAAAAGUUCAGCUCACUAAAACAUGUUGUUUCCAGCC